AUGACAGGAGGAACCCUUGAAGUACUUCUUGUAGAUGCUGAAGGCAUUAGGCACACAAAUCUUCUUGGUAGAGCAUCCUACUACGUGAUCGUAGAGUGUGGUACUCGAGAAUAUAGAAGCAAAGAAUCAUCAAGUGAAGAUGACAAAAUUAGCUGGAAUGAAAAAUUCACAGUUCAUCUUGGUGGAAUAAUUACUGAGGGGAAGGACAGAGGAUUCAUUGAAUUAAAACCAGCUCCGUACAAUGUGGUGCUUGAAGAUGACACCUAUAAAGGAGAGAUAAAGAUUGGGUUUCGAUUUAUCACAAAUAAAGAAGCGCAUGUGAUAGAGACAAGGGAAUUCUUGGCAGAGGACAAAACUAACCAAGAGGAUCAAUCCGUAGGAGCAUUGCCAACCUAUGGAGAAUUUUAUGGUGGAGAUUCUUGUUUUGUCAUAAAACGGAUUCUAAAAUAA